AUGGGGAGAGCGGCUGCCGCAGGAAGAGGCGCUGGAGGGGCGCGCCAGUGGCUCCCUUGGCUGGGGCUCUGCUUCUGGGCGGCGGGGGCUGCGGCUGCCCGAGGAACCGACAAUGGUGAAGUCCUCCCUGAUUCCAUCCCAUCAGCUCCUGGGACGCUGCCUCAUUUCAUAGAGGAGCCAGAUGAUGCUUAUAUCAUCAAGAGCAACCCCAUUGCACUGAGGUGCAAAGCAAGGCCAGCCAUGCAGAUAUUCUUCAAAUGCAAUGGCGAGUGGGUCCAUCAGAAUGAGCAUGUCUCUGAGGAGAGUCUGGACGAGAGUUCAGGAUUGAAGGUCCGGGAGGUGUUCAUCAACGUCAGCAGGCAGCAGGUGGAAGACUUCCACGGCCCCGAGGACUACUGGUGUCAGUGUGUGGCAUGGAGCCACUUGGGGACCUCCAAGAGCAGAAAGGCCUCCGUGCGCAUCGCCUAUUUACGGAAGAACUUUGAGCAAGACCCACAGGGAAGGGAGGUGCCCAUCGAAGGCAUGAUUGUGCUACACUGCCGGCCUCCAGAGGGAGUUCCUGCUGCGGAGGUGGAAUGGCUGAAAAACGAGGAGCCCAUAGACUCUGAACAAGAUGAGCACAUUGACACCAGAGCAGACCACAACCUCAUCAUCCGGCAGGCGCGGCUCUCGGACUCCGGGAAUUACACUUGCAUGGCGGCCAACAUCGUAGCCAAGAGGAGGAGCCUGUCGGCCACAGUGGUGGUUUAUGUGAAUGGAGGCUGGUCUUCCUGGACAGAGUGGUCAGCCUGCAAUGUUCCCUGUGGGAGAGGAUGGCAGAAACGUUCCCGGACCUGCACCAACCCAGCUCCUCUCAAUGGUGGAGCCUUUUGUGAGGGAAUGUCAGUGCAGAAAAUAACCUGCACUGCUCUCUGUCCUGUGGACGGGAGCUGGGAAGUGUGGAGUGAGUGGUCAGUCUGCAGCCCAGAAUGCGAGCAUCUGCGGAUCCGAGAAUGCACAGCCCCCGCCCCGAGAAACGGGGGCAAAUUCUGCGAAGGUCUAAGCCAGGAAUCCGAGAACUGCACAGAUGGCCUUUGCAUCCUAGAUAAAAAACCUCUUCAUGAAAUAAAACCCCAAAGCAUCGAGAAUGCCAGCGACAUCGCCUUGUACUCGGGCUUGGGUGCCGCGGUGGUAGCCGUUGCAGUGCUGGUCAUCGGCAUCACCCUGUACAGACGCAGCCAGAGUGACUAUGGUGUGGACGUCAUCGACUCUUCUGCAUUGACAGGUGGCUUCCAGACCUUCAACUUCAAAACAGUCCGUCAAGGUAACUCCCUGCUCUUGAACCCCUCCAUGCAACCAGACCUGACAGUGAGCCGAACCUACAGUGGGCCCAUCUGUCUACAGGACCCCCUGGACAAGGAGCUCAUGACGGAGUCCUCACUCUUUAACCCUUUGUCGGACAUCAGAGUCAAAGUGCAGAGCUCGUUCAUGGUCUCCCUGGGAGUGUCCGAGCGAGCCGAGUACCACGGCAAGAACCAUUCCGGGACUUUCCCCCACGGGAACAACCGCAGCUUCACGACAGCACAUCCCAGAAAUAAGACGCCCUACAUCCAGAACCUGUCAUCACUCCCUACACGGACCGAACUGAGGACCACGGGUGUUUUUGGCCAUUUGGGAGGACGCUUAGUAAUGCCAAAUACAGGGGUGAGUUUACUGAUACCACACGGCGCCAUCCCAGAGGAGAAUUCCUGGGAAAUUUACAUGUCCAUCAACCAAGGUGAACCCAGCCUCCAGUCGGAUGGAUCCGAGGUGCUCCUGAGCCCAGAAGUCACCUGUGGUCCCCCCGACAUAAUCGUUACCACUCCCUUCGCCCUGACCAUCCCACACUGUGCGGAUGUCAGCUCUGAGCACUGGAACAUCCAUUUAAAGAAGAGGACCCAGCAGGGCAACUGGGAGGAAGUGAUGUCGGUGGAGGAUGAAUCCACAUCCUGCUACUGCCUUUUGGACCCUUUUGCGUGUCACGUGCUCCUAGACAGCUUUGGGACAUAUGCCCUCACCGGGGAGCCCAUCACAGACUGUGCCGUGAAGCAGCUCAAGGUGGCGGUUUUUGGUUGCAUGUCCUGUAACUCUCUGGACUACAACUUGAGGGUCUACUGUGUGGACAACACCCCUUGGGCAUUUCAGGAAGUGGUUUCAGAUGAAAGGCAUCAAGGUGGACAACUCCUGGAAGAACCAAAGUUGCUGCAUUUCAAAGGGAAUACUUUCAGUCUUCAGAUCUCUGUCCUUGAUAUCCCCCCAUUCCUCUGGAGAAUUAAACCAUUCACUGCCUGCCAGGAAGUCCCAUUCUCGCGCGUGUGGUGCAGUAACCGGCAGCCCCUGCAUUGUGCCUUCUCCCUGGAGCGCUACACGCCCACCACCACCCAGCUGUCCUGCAAAAUCUGCAUCCGGCAGCUCAAAGGCCAUGAACAGAUCCUCCAAGUGCAGACGUCAAUCCUCGAGAGUGAAAGAGAGACCAUCACUUUCUUUGCACAAGAGGACAGCACUUUUCCUGCACAGACUGGCCCCAAAGCCUUCAAAAUUCCCUACUCCAUCAGACAGAGGAUUUGUGCUACAUUUGACACCCCCAAUGCUAAAGGCAAGGACUGGCAGAUGUUAGCACAGAAAAACAGCAUCAACAGGAAUUUGUCUUAUUUUGCUACACAAAGUAGCCCGUCUGCUGUCAUCUUGAACCUGUGGGAAGCUCGUCAUCAGCACGAUGGUGACCUUGACUCCCUGGCCUGUGCCCUUGAAGAGAUUGGGAGGACACACACGAAACUCUCGAACAUUACGGAAUCCCAGCUCGAUGAAGCCGACUUCAACUACAGCAGGCAGAACGGACUCUAG